AUGUAUCUUUUAUCGAGCACUUUGGUGCCUCAUGUGCGCGGUAUUGGAUAUCUUUCAAAUUUGGAUGAGAGGAGCAGAAUGCAGAUUUUCAUUACGCGUCAUAGUGGUAUACUAGUUGUCACUAGUAUAUUAGCGUUUUUACCACCUCGAAACCAAAAAGCAUCUAAACUUAAGACCGCAAUAUCUGUCAAGUCAGACUUCCAAAGUCACGAUAUAUUAAAUACUAAGACGCCCUUAUUAGCAUCAUACUAA